CACCGCCCACCGCCCGCCGCCCCGCGCUCCCUCCACUGCCCGCCGUGCGGCUCAUGUGACCGGCCCCGCCUGUCCCUCAUGUCGCGGCGGCUCUCGCUGCUCGCGCUGCUCGACAUGGCCCCGUCGCCCGGCGCCGACUCGCCCGACUCGAGCCGCGCAUGCAGCCCCAUGGGCUUCGACCCGCUCAACAUGCGCAAGCCCAAGACGGCGGCGCAGCACAGCCCGCUGUUCCGCCUGCCCGAUGACAUCUUCAAGUGCGUGCUGGACUACCUGGACCGCGACGAGGCCUGGAGCCUCAAGCGCCUGUGCAAGGGCCUGGCCCGCAGCGAGUCGGUCAGCCAGCUGCUGUACAAGUACCCCAUCCAGCUGGCCGACGUGCGCGACCUGCGCCUGGGCGAGUGGAAGUACCGCCCGAGCGGCCAGAUGCGCUGGCAGAGCUUCCAGGACAGCAUCACCGACGAGAACCGCGCCUACGUGCAGAAGCUGGCCGUGUCGCACUGGGCGAGCGUCGACGACUUCCGCUGGAUCGACGCGAACCUGCCGGCCCUGGUGAGCCUCGACAUCUCCGCCAUCAAGGACUUUGUGUGGACCCCCGAGGAGACGUGGACCUGGCGCAUGCUGGCCGACGCCUGUCCGCGCCUGUUUGCCCGCCUGGACGAGCUCGAGGUCGCCAACUGGGCCGACUACACCGCCCACUCGCGCAUCGAGUACAGCUACUCGUACAACGACUACCGCUUCAAGCAGAAGUUCCGCCUGUCGCGCCGCCGCGGUGGUGGCUCGGUGGCCAAGGACAUCUUCCCGCUGUGCCUGAAGCUGAAGACGCUGGCCAUCCGCGAGCGCUACUCGGGCUUCCACACCUGGAACGAGUGGGAGGUCCACCAGCGCGUGUGCUGCCUCGUCGACGGCGUGCAGAACAACUGCCCGCCCACGCUGACCAAGCUCAAGGUGCACGACUACGCCCCGUACCGCUCGCUCUUCUCCACCGACGCCACCGACUGGUCGCAGAUCACCGACGUCGAGAUCGGCCUCUACAGCUGGAUGGAGGACCGCCGCGAGCGCGACGUCAUCGGGCCCAUCCCCUACCGAAUCACACAAGGGCACCACCACCGCGACGAGGAGGAGGCCUUUGACGACAAGAGCUUCGACGACUGCAAGCGCGACCACAUGACACUCGGCAACCACGUUGUCCAGGGCGUCGGCGCCUCGUUCGAAGACCUGCUGCAGAGCCUCCAGACCAUCUCGAAGAAGUACCCCAACAUCAGCAUCAAGCCCAUCCGCAACCUCGAGAAUAUCACACUCCACCCCUUCCACCUCGUCAACGUCAUGCAGCGCCGCCAGUUCGGCCACCACAACGCCCCGGCCAACACCACCCCGCCCAUCGACCCCUGCUCCAACGCCGAAGUCCAAGAAGCCAUCCGCUGGCUGCUGCACAAGUGCGACUGGAAGCCCAUCCUCGCCUGGUCCUCGAUGAUGUGCGACGUCUUCCCCGCCAACCUCGAGCCGCACCGCACCUUCCUCCCCAAAGCCCAGGUCCUGACCCGCAUCCAAGCCAUGGUCAGCACCCUGCGCGACCUGCACGUGCCCAUCCGCCUGUCCAUCGGCGACCGCAUCAACACAUCGCCCUCGUCCGGCCUCGACGGCUCCCUCUACUUUGGCGACUACAAAACCUUCUCCGGCCCCGACGACGCCAAAGUCGAGCACCUGCUCCCCACCCAAGCCGCCUUCAACCUCAGCCACAUCGCCCACAUGGUCGACGAGCUGACCAUCCAGUACCCGCUCGACGUCCCCGGCGUGUCGGGCUACCUGCGCGCCCACCGCCGCGCCUCGCCCGCCGAGACGCAGCUCAUGCAGCGCGAGAAGACCGGCUGGCGCCGCUUCUGGGCCCGCUAUGCGAGCCAGUUCUCCCACUUGACGAAACUGACCGCCCAUGUCCCCAACGACAUCUACGCCGACUGGAAACACUCGGCGCUCCCCGCGCUGCUCGCCGACCCCCGCUGGGAAAUGCUCGAGGUCCCCGACGAUGCGCCGGAUGCGCUGUUCGGCUUCUUGCCGUACAGCAACUGGCGCUUUGGACUCGCUAGAAAGAAGGGGCGGGUCAAGUUCGUCCAGCGCGUGUUCUUCAGGAGGGAUAAGGGCCCGUUGAGUGUCCCUGGGGGGGUCGAGGGGGACGCACAGUUCCGCGAGGAGAGGGUGAUUGGGGACGAGAUGAUUGGCGAUACGGCGGAGACGGGGCAUCGGUUCUGGCUGCCCGAGGAGGGGGAGGCGGACGCGCAGGCUGAGGCGCAGGGGCAGGGGCAGGGGAAGGGCGGAGCCAAGAGGGCCGCGGAGGCGGAGGCGGGCGGGUGCGCGAAGCGGGUGCGGAGGGGCGAGUGAGCGAUAGACUCGCGAUGCGUCGACAUUGCACUCGCAGCGAGAAAGCGCUUUGCAUUCCCGGCGUCCAAGGGCUGGAUCCGGUCCAGCAACCCCCGGGCCCCGGGGCGGGCAUGGAGUACAGGCUUUCUUUCACUACUUCAUGGCGUUUUUACAGGUACAAUUCAUGAUUGGCGUUUUGGUCUGCUAUGGAGGGUUUAUGGGAUGGGAUUUAUAGGGAUAGUAGGGAUGGUAGGGAUGAUGGCAUGGGAUGGGAUAGGUCGGUUAGGUACUUUACAUACCGGGGUUGGGGAGAUGUAAUUUGGCAUUUACUGUGCUGUGCUGUGCUGUGUUACUUCUCGCUACUUGCGUCUUGCUUCUUGCUUCUUGCUUCUUGCUCCUUGCGUACCCAUGGCGUGCAUGUGUUGAUGCGGCGGCGAUGCAGAUGCAGAUGCAGA